UAUAUUCACCUCCUUUCUACAAAUGGAACGCUCUUUCAUUAAUUUUCCCUCCAAACAAAUGACAUUCUCUUCUUUCUUCCUCUGGCUCCUCGUCUUCUCUGUCUUCUUCGUCAAUGACGCAAACGCAUUCACGGGAACAUAUGGCGUAAACUACGGUAGAAUCGCAGACAAUCUACCUUCACCACAGAGCGUGGUGACACUCCUCAAAGCGGCAAAGAUCAAGAACGUCAGAAUCUACGACGCGAACCAAGAAGUCCUCACCGCCUUGAAAGGCUCGGGCAUCGAGAUCAUCGUCGGCCUCGGCAACGAGUUCCUAACAGAAAUCAGCAUCGGCGAGGACCGUGCCAUGAACUGGAUCAAAGAGAACGUCCAGCCCUUCUUACCUGGAACCAAGAUUCGGGGAAUCGCGGUGGGGAACGAGAUCCUCGGAGGAAACAACAGAGAGCUCUGGGAAGUCCUCCUCCCUUCGGUGAAGAACGUCCACAGCGCUUUACAACGACUAGGCCUAACCAAGUCCAUCGAGGUCUCGAGCCCUCAUUCUGAGGCCGUUUUCGCCUCCUCCUUCCCGCCCUCUGCAUGCGUGUUUAGGGAAGACGUGGUCGAAUUCAUGAAGCCUCUCUUGCAGUUCUUUUGGCAAAUUGGGUCACCUUUUUACAUCAACGCUUACCCAUUUUUGGCAUACAAAAGUGACCCCGAGCACAUCGACAUAAACUAUGCUCUUUUCAAGAAGAAUGCCGGGGUUUUUGAUGCCAAAACCAACUUGCAUUACGACAACAUGUUUGACGCUCAGGUUGACGCGGCUUACGCGGCUCUUGACAAGGUUGGCUUUGGGAAAAUGGAGGUCAUUGUCUCUGAGACGGGCUGGGCCUCUCGUGGGGAUGAUAAUGAGGCUGGGGCUAAUCUCAAGAACGCCAGAACUUAUAACUUCAACUUGAAGAAGAAGUUGGCCAAGAAGAAAGGCACGCCUUAUAGGCCCAAGACAAAGGUUAGGGCUUAUAUUUUUGCUCUGUUCAAUGAGAAUCUGAAGCCUGGGCCUACUUCCGAGAGGAACUUUGGGCUGUUUAAGCCUGAUGGGAGUAUAUCUUAUGAUAUCGGAUUCACUGGCCUCGUUCCUUCUUCCGCGCCCUCGUCUCUUCUCUCUUUCAAGGAUCUGGGUUUUCAAGGUUGGCUUCGAUCCUCAUAUUCGUGGGCGUUUGCAAGUUGUGUUGCGGUUAUGCUUCUAAUUUUAACACUAUAAUUGAGUAUAAUUCAGAAGGUCGCAGGCUUUCACUCCCACAAAUGCGCCUAUUAAUUCUAAAUCUAACCGUUCAAAGAAGAGGCUCUUAAGAUUAAGGAUGAUCAAUGUAAAGCCAAAUUGUGUACAUUAGUUGAUUCAUUCUUUAAUUAACAGUGUUGACAGUCAUUCUUCAAAACGUUAGUGGGAUAACAGAAAGUUGCUGAUGCUUUUCUGAUAUUUC